AUGGCGUCCAGCCGGGUGCUGGAGAGGGAGGUCCAGGAGGAGCCGAGGCGCGCUGCGACCGCAAACCUCGACUUCUGGCCCCACAAAUACUCCUUGCUCAUCAUUAUAGGACGGACGGCACACCUCACACAGACCGGACACAUCAGCGCGGAUAUUGUACGAGGUAUUCAGUCAUGGGACGUGGACUUAAAAUCCUGUAACCUAAACCUCUACCUCCAAGAAUUUCUCUCCCACCACACGGCAGCAUUCAAGGGUGCAGGGCAGAAGUGUCUGCGUCACAGUACCAAAGUGUUGGACACUCAGGUGCUGAUCAGUCCGUCCCAGGAACAGGUUCACUCUGAGGUGUUUGCUCUGCUGUCCAGGGAGUCGGCUCAUAAGCUUUUGAUCUUGGCUGGCCAGAGCGUAGAGGAAAGUGGAAAUCUUCUGUUUCACCGAGGACUGUUCUCACCAAACCAUCUGAAACAAAUACUAACAGAGCAGUUCAUAGAUCAAGAAAACGCUGCCUCCUCAAAGUUCGGCCUGACUCUCAGCUGCCCCAACAUCGGCCAGUGGAGGAAGACUCUCUUGGGAAACCAGCCUCUGCAGGGUCCUUUUACGCUCCACAUCAAUCCCCCAGAGGUACUGCCUGCCAUGGAGGCCCUGGGGGAAUUCACCUCCCUAAUCUCUGGCACCCUUUGCCCACAAUCCCCCUUCGAGCUCCUGCCUCCUCCUACCACCGUGGGUUUCCUCAAGCUCUCCCGGCCCUGCUGCUACGUGUUCCCUGCCGGCCGAGGUGACUGUGCCUUCUUCGCCGUUAAUGGGUUCACGAUGCUGAUGGAUGGUGGUUCAGACUGUCAGGCAUGUUUCUGGAAGCUGGUCCGCCACCUCGACCGAGUGGAUGCAAUUUUGUUGUCACACAUUGGGACAGAGAACCUUCCUGGGGUCAACACCUUCUUGGAGAGGAAGGUGGCUGAGUUGGAGUUGGUGUCUGAUGUCAAAGGUAAGAAGAAACAUGAUGUUGAUAAUCCUGUUACUGAUAGGCUGAUCUCCCCAGAGCUUGGAGUUGUGUUCUUUAAUGCCCCCAGCAGGUUGCAGGGGGAACAGCAACCCUGUGACACACAGCAGGCGGCGCUAACCCUGCAGUUGUUAAAGAAGUUAGACAUCAGACCGCAGCCAUUGUCUCGACCACAAGGAGCCCCCAUUGAGCCUCUAACCCUGUUCCAAAAGAUGGGAGUGGGACAGUUGGAUUUAUACAUCCUCAACCCUGGAAAAAACAGCCAGGAGUACCAGACAUUCAUGCAAAACUGGCCAGACACAGUGUCAUCAGCAUCUAAAUCCAAUAAUCUUCCCCUCACAGCCUUCACCUCAGUGUCUGCAUUGCUCGUUUGGCACCCAGCGUGCCCCCAGGAGAAGGUGGUCAGGGUGCUGUUCCCUGGUGUUACCCCACAGGCGAAACUGCUGCAGGGGCUUGAGAAGCUGAAGAGCCUGGCCUUCCUCCAGAAACCCACUGUGACUACUGGGGAUCUGGAGAAGCUGGGGGAAGAUAGAAAGGCCAAAAGGACAGAGAGCCUGGACAGUAGCAGGUCACUAGGGAAAGAGGCAACCACCAAACAAGGAAAAGAACGAGGAGUUAGAGAAGAGGGAAAGGAGGUGCUGGUGAAAGAAAAGGGAAAAGUUUUCAAUGGAGUUGAUUCAAGAGAUUUUGAUAAAACCAAAAUCAAAGAGACAGGCAUGAAGCAAAAAGCAGCAUUGUCAGAGAAGAAUACUUUAAAGAAAGGAAGUGGCAAGGAUGAAAAAAAGGAGGGGAAGACUAGCAACAGAGAGGAUAAUAGUGUUAUGAGAAAUGAUAUGGGGAAAAAGGAUCCUCUCCCUUCCAAACCAAAGAAUGAAAAUAAAACUAAACUCAAAAAGGACGCAAAAAAUGACUCUAAAACAGGGACGAAGAAAAUAAAGAAACCACAUGGAAAGGAGGUAAAUGAUGGCAAGAAGGCACAUGUGAAAACAGAAUCACCAAAUAACUCAGCAAAACCAGAUGCUGGCACUGCGUUAGAAAUCCCAGAACCAGAGGACCUUGAUAGGGUAAAGCAGAAUCAAAACCCCUGCGGUUCCAAAAUGUCUACCCCUGAGGAUAUGACAGCUGAUUUUCUCAGGCUGCAGGAGGAAACAGAAAGAGAAAAGACACAGGUGGAAACAGCAGAUAAAGAAAUGCAGAAAAGCAGUGAGUCAGGAAAUGAAGAAAGCCUGGAAGGUUUGAGCAAAGAAAGAAGCAAUGAGGCUGCUGAUACAGUAGCUAAUGAAGCAGCAGGUAGUGCAGAGAUAACUGGAGGGGAGAGUGGUGAUAAUGGAGUGCAAGAGAGUGGAGAGGAAGCUGUAAAUGCUACCAAACCAGCAAAGGUUGUAGGCUUUCCAUCUCCUUUGAACAAGGCACCAAAAAUUGAGGACACUGUCCAGCUGGACUUGACCCCAACUGAAUAUACUCUCCUGGAUGGGGCUUUGAGAAGCAGCCCUCCUUCACGAUCAUCUCCAGAGAACCAGGCCCCUGUCAGCCUUGAGGAGGAGACUGUGGAGCCUGCCUCCCCUGACUCACGGCCCAACAGUGCAGGCCAUACUCCCUAUUGUCUCUCCCCAGAUGAUGUGUGGUGCAACAGGGCCACACUUAGCAGGUUACAGGCCCAGAUGGGUAACUUUGAGUCAACUGAUGUCACCCAGACAAAUGAUUCAUCCAUGCAAAGUGAGGGGCAGCAAAGUCAGCCCAAAAGUACUCAAGAGAGCCACUCAAACUCAAGAGAGAAGCACAUAAGUUUCCUCUCUCUGGGUUCAUUAAAAGAAGGAGCCUCUGACCCCUCUCCUUCAGUUGCAACCACCACCACUACCCACUCAAUGCCUGCAGAGGUGAGCUCGCCUCAGUCCACAGAAGUAGAUGAAUCACUAUCCAUGUCCUUUGAGCAGGGACCCACCAGUGUGAGCCAGAGAGAGGCUGAUGACACUAUUCAUCACUCCACUAAUGGAAGCCAUUUUGUGGGGAUGUCUUUACCAAUGAAGAAGCCUCCUAGAUCUGUAGGAUCAGAGAUGGGGCGACCUCCAGCUCCUAACACCCUCCAUUUUGAGGGGUCAGCUCACGAUGUGGACCUAUGUCUGGUUUCCCCCUGUGAGUUUAAGCAUUUCAAAGUGCCUGACUGCAGUUUGGGUUCCAGCGAGCCCUCCAGAGGCGCCUUCAGUGUUCAGAAUCAUGGCAACAACAACAACAACCCCAAGGACAUUUCACCCAGUGAAUCAAACGCCCCUGUCUGCACGGAGGACUGCCCAUCCACCACAGCAGAUGGAGCUCUGGACUCGGAUGAUGAUGAGUCAUGUAGUGAGCCGACUAACUCCCCUCACGACCUCCGUGCCAGUCAGACUCUGCCCCCGGACCCUCUUCCAGCACCCCUCAGGGACAGCCCGCCCAUGCCUCCACAUCCUGACGCCUCCAUGCCUGUUCCACAAGCUGACUCCGACGCUCAUGGAAAGAAAUCAAAAGCCACUGGCACGCGUGGGAAAAAAACACCAGGGGUUACUGAGGGCUCCCAAAGAGCCAGUUCAGGGAAAACCAGGACAGGGAGCCAAAGUGGAGUCACAAAGGCAACCAAGGAUAACAUUGCAUCUAUACGUACGCCUUCCUCCAGCACCCGCUCAGCACCAGCAAAAUCCUCACCCAAUACAGGCUCGAAGUCAACCUCCACUGGAGAAGUCAAUGUGUUUGUGGACCUGGCCUAUAUUCCCUCUGGAGCCUCUUCUGCAACGGUCAGUGUGGACUUCUUCAGAUGUGUUCGAUCCUCCUGUUACAUCAUCAGUGGUGACAGUCCAGAGAGGGAAGAGCUCAUGAGGCAUACGCUGGAUGCACUACUGGAUGGGAAGAGAUCCUGGCCUGACCCUAUGCAGGUUACAGUGAUUCCAACCUUUGAGUCAGCGUCGAUGCAGGAGUGGUACCAGCAGACCCUGGACAGACAGAAAGAGCUGGGCAUCACUGUCCUGGGAUCCAACAGCACUGUCGCCAUGCAGGACGAGACCUUUCCCGCCUGCAAGAUAGAGUUUUAA